UUUUUUUUUCUUUUUUUCUCUAACAAACUUUUUUUAAAAGAAUCUCCCCACUCUUUUUUUUUUUUUUUCCUUCAUCUAUUUCCAAGAAAUCUAUUAAACAUGGGUGGUCACGGUUAUAUGGGCUGGUGGGGUAACAUGGGUGGUCCUACUCAACGUGGUAUUGUUACUUACCUUAUCUCACCUUUUGAACAACGUGCUUUUGCUGGUGUUGUCCAAAAAGCUGUAUUCAACACUUCUCGUCGAGUUCUUUCUAAUGUACCUUAUGCUGGUACUGCUUUUGCUUUGGGUUACUUUAUCUAUACUUCCGCUAAAUCCAAGCAUGCUUAUCUUUCAUCCAAGGCUGGUCAUGCUGCUGCUGAAGGUGAUCAUUAAAUCUUACUUUUGUUAUUAUUUUAGAAUAUAUAAAUAUAUUUUUGAAAAUAAAAAAAAAAAUAAUCAUUUAUUAUAACUAUC